UUAACUCAACAUUUGUGUUUUUAAUUCGCCCGGCGGCUCUUUCGGAUAGCCGGUGACACUUCGACGACGUUUAACCUUGAAGCGAGUUCAUGUAAGUCGCCUUUUUAACUCUCUGAACCCUGAAUCAGUGGAUUGACCCUCGACAUGGAUAUUAGCUAGCUUAGCUAGUCACCAAGAAACCGAAAUAACGGCGCGACAGAGGGUUUGUCUUACAGUUUUAUCGCUUUUAAACUCGUUUAUGUACCUGGAGCCUAGCUCACUGAGGCAAAUAUUGGCCUUGGGUGUUGCCAAAGAAAGACUAAAGUUCGGAAGAAGUAGUUAGCAGUUUUAAGUACGAGAAGAAAAGAGGUGGGAGAUGUUGACUAACGCCAACAGUCCGCCGAAGUUUCCAAACCAACAGCAGCAACAACAACAGCAAAAUCCACCUCAGUUCAUGCUGGGAAAAGGAUCGCUUCAGAUCAAGAAAAAUGCCAUUACCGACGACUACAAGAUCACUAACCAGGUGCUGGGACUGGGCAUCAAUGGCAGAGUGCUAGAGAUCUUUUACAAGAGGAGUGGAGAGAAGCUCGCUUUAAAGAUGCUUCAUGACUGCCCAAAAGCUAGACGAGAGGUGGAACUGCACUGGCGGGCCUCGUCCUGUACCCAUAUCGUCAAAAUUGUUGACGUCUAUGAAAAUCUCUACCAAAACAGGAAGUGCCUUCUUAUUGUAAUGGAGUGUAUGGACGGAGGUGAGCUCUUCAGUCGGAUCCAGGAUAGAGGGGACCAGGCAUUCACUGAGAGAGAGGCUUCUGAUAUUAUGAAGAGCAUAGGAGAGGCCAUUCAGUAUUUACAUGCGAUAAACAUCGCACACAGAGACGUUAAGCCAGAGAACCUUUUAUAUACCUCUAAAAGGCCAAACGCCCUUCUCAAACUGACAGACUUCGGAUUUGCAAAGGAGACCACCACACACAACUCUCUGGCCACCCCCUGCUAUACUCCUUAUUAUGUUGCCCCAGAGGUGCUUGGUCCAGAAAAGUAUGACAAGUCCUGUGACAUGUGGUCUUUGGGUGUCAUCAUGUAUAUUCUACUCUGCGGUUACCCUCCUUUCUAUUCGAAUCAUGGAUUGGCAAUAUCUCCUGGUAUGAAGAAACGAAUCCGAAUGGGACAGUAUGAGUUUCCAAAUCCUGAGUGGUCGGAAGUGUCAGAGGAAGCCAAGCAGCUUAUCAGAACAUUACUGAAAACGGAGCCAACACAGAGGAUGACCAUAACAGAGUUUAUGAACCACCCUUGGAUCAAUCAAUCAAUGGAGGUUCCACAGACACCCCUACACACCAGCCGUGUUUUGAAAGAAGAGAAAGACACAUGGGAAGAUGUCAAGGAGGAAAUGACUAGUGCCUUGGCAACAAUGAGAGUCGACUAUGAGCAAAUCAAAAUCAAGAGGAUUGAAGACUCGACCAAUCCGCUGCUGAUAAAGAGGAGAAAGAAAACCACCGUAGCUCCUGAAAACGAGACUCCUGCUUGUUAAGGACACAUUCGCACACGCACACACACAAUUUGUGUUGAAAAGUUCAGUUUAAGGAAGCAAUAACUCGGUGGAGUUUAAAUUAGUUUAUUUUUUAAUAUUUCCUUUUAAUCACUCAGUCUCUGUAAUUAAUACAUCACUUUGCUACCAAAAGAAAGGGGCUGUACAGUUCUCAUACAAGUCUGUACAUUUUGUGAAGCAGCCAACAUCCACUAAUUUGCUCCUUAAAAAUGUUCACGUACUGUUUUUCACAUGGUGUUCAAUGGGUAAUCAGAAGUUGUUAUCCGUCUUUUCUAUUUUAUUUUAUUUUUCUGUCCUUUUGUUUUAAUCAUAAGCCAUUGGUACAUGAGUUCAUAAGUGUCACACACACCACUGUUUGUUUUAAUGUCCCAUUUUCAGCUACUGGGCAGCUUGUAUAGUAAGUUUCCCGGUAGUAGAAUGGUGGUUUGGUUUCCUUUAUUGUGGUCAAGUUCUAAGGAGUGUACAUGUAAUGCCAUCUUGCUGUUCGUUCUUCAUUACAUUAGCUUUUCUGCACUUCAAUGCUCUUGAAGAAAGUCUAGUUCCAAUAGACACUGUCAGUACAGUGUCUGGAUGAAAGUGUAUUUUUUAAUGACUCUGAAUGUAGACGCGCUCUGUUCUUUACUGUCUGUCAGUAUUGUUCUGGGUCCUGUCAAGUAAAAAAAAAAAGAUAAUUUUUGAGCUUUAGAUCCAGUUAGCCUUACUUGGUCAUCAGAAAAAGAAAGAAAAUCAUUUUGCCCUGAUUUCACAUUGGCAUUUGAUCAGGCUUAUCAUGGAAAGUCAGUCCAGCGAAUUGUUUUUGGCUUAGUUCAUGCUCGAUGAUAUGCUUAUUGCACACGGUUUUGAGUGCACAAUGAUUUGCCUUGAAUGGAUUCUAUGCAUAUUUGUUUCCAGCUAGAUUUUCAUCAGAGAUUUUUAAAGAAUGUUAGCCCUUACUCUGGCAUUUUAAAAUCCAGAUACCUAGUGAAAUAAUCAGUAGAUAUAGCCACCACAGUAGGCGAAGCCCGUUUGUAUUUUUUUAAGUGUAUAAUGAAUGAUGAAUUGGGCUGUCUGUGUAGGUGAUGGUUGUUCAUCUGUAUCUUCACAAUGCCAGUGUAUAUUUGUUAGUGUUGUCCGUUUUCCAUGCCUACCAUGCAGUAAGUGUUUGAAUAGGAGCUGCUUAUAGGUACCAGGUGUUUGAUAAAGGAACAAAGAAAUGCCCCCUUUGACUUGAUUCUUCGAGUUCUGGAAAUGUUUAGGGGAUACAGGGAAUCCUACGCAUCCAACGUACUGAUUUUAGCUGCACUGAUAGAUGUAUGCUGAAAGGUUUGUUUUAUUUUUUCUAUAUAGUCUUUUUUUAAAACUGUAUAUUCAUAUUUGUUGUGUGAUUGACUCUUUUUAAUAAUGAUUUUAAUUCCCACAAUCUUGAACAUGCAAAGUCAGUAUACUCCCAAAUGACUUCAGUGCCCUUGCACACAAUGCAUCUUUCUGUCUGCAGUUUCUUUGUAAUUGUCACUUUGUAGGAGCUUCCCCUUCCUUCAUGCAUUUGUUUCUCGAAGCAAGACUACAGUAUCAGCCAAGUUGAAAAACAGACUUGAAUUCCCACAUUUAAUACUAACAGGGAAAGGCAGGUGUAUGUUCUGUUUUUAAUGUUUAACUGCUGUACCUAUGUCUUGGUUUGCUUCAACUUUGGAUUAAAACACCAAAAAGCCCAAA